AUGCCAUUCGAACCAUUUGGCCUUGCAUUUGAAAUAAGUGUCAUAACAAAUAUAAAUCCAGAAACUGGGUUUUUGGUAGUAAAUAUAAAUCAAGAUCCUGUAGUUGGAUUAAAAUGGGCAAAAUACACUUCUCCUUCUAAAUUAACGAAUAAUGACACUAUUUCAAAGAUUUCAGAAGGAAAUAUCCCUUUUCCAUCAAAUGCUAUUCCAUAUUCAUACGGAACAACUCUUCGUGCUUUCACAUUAUUUCAAAAGGUGGAUGGUGGUUAUGGUAUAGCGUACUGCUUAGCAUAUACGAUGAACUAUUCAAGUCAUUAUAAUUACAAUUUUACUGAUGUCACUCCUUAUAUUACGGUGAGCGUGGCAUUUAUCCAAAACACUAAUGCAGUCGAAGUGAUUGGGCCUUUUUUGAUCUAUACGACGAGAAAUGUUUCCAAUAUAGUAUUUCUAGAUUCUUGCCAGUCGAGAUACGACUCUCGAGGAAAUGACUGUUUAAUUUCUGAAUUAACUGCAAGGACCCCCAACUUACCAGCUCCUGGUGUAAUGAGAAUAACAUUUCAAUCAACUGGAUCAGUGAUAAACAUAACACCAAUACCAAUAAAUAAUGCACCAACUUCUUUGAAUUAA